AUGUCGUCAUCGACGAGCAUCAAGGAGGCCAUUGCGCGCUUCGAAGAGAACGAGUAUCGCCGGCGACUCGCCAGGGUGCCGGAGGCGAUGCAGGAGAGCGUACCGCGAGUCGUAGCGGUGCAGGAGCCGAAGGUGCUACUGAUUGGCAUGCUGCCCCCCAUUACCAAGAUGGACAAGGAGAUCUCGACGCUGAAGGAGUGCGUGCAUCUCGGAUUGAGCACGAACGCCAUCGAGAAGAUCGGCCCUGGCUUGAAGGACCUCAAGAACCUCAAGGUGCUGUCGCUGGGCCGCAACAACAUCCGCAAGCUCGAGCAGCUCGACCUGCCGAAGCUAGAACAGCUCUGGGCCUCGUAUAACAAGAUCGACAAGCUGACCGGGCUAGACAAGCUGAAGGGACUUCGGGUGCUGUACAUGAGCAACAACUUAAUCAACAGCUGGACGGAGAUCGACCGCCUAGCGAACCAGUGCCCCGAGCUCGUCGACGUCCUUUUCCUGAACAACCCCCUGUGCAACAGCGCAGCAAGCAAUCAGGAGUACCGCUACAUGAUGCUGCAGCGCCUGCCAAAGCUGGCACGGCUGGAUGGCGUGCCAGUAGACCCGGAGGAAAAAGAGGAGGCGGACCGCCGUCGCUAA